AACCCACCCUCUGCAAAAUCCCCAAAAUACCCCUACAAAACCCCACACCGAAAGCAGCAAAACCCACCUGCCCACUGCUCCUCCACUCCCACCACCACCGCCACCGCCGGCGAGAUGGCCGGAGCGAGACCCUUCUUCUCGCCGCACGAAGCCUUCGCCCGAGCCUCGACGGCCUCCUCACCCGCGGCCGCCGCGACCGUCGCCGUCGCGGCACCUGCUCCGGACCCAAGCCCCGCCACCGGCCACGCCGAUGCUGCCGAGGUCGCCGUCUUCCGCCUGCUCCUCCCCCAGGCCUUCUCCGAUGCCGACGCCAUGCGCCUCUACGCCGCCAUCGCCCCGCUCCGCCGCCUCUUCCCCACGCUGCAGGUCCGCGUCGAGACCCUCGGAGUCGGAGCCUCGUCCGAUGAUGCCGACGGCGACGGCGACGGCGGAGGUGGUGGUGGUGGUGGUCGCGUCGCCGUCGUCCUCGGCCCCGCCUCCCCGGCGCGCCGCGUCGAGGCCUCCUCGUCCUCCGGGGAGCCCCUCGAGCUCUCCCCCGCGCAGGAGGCCCUCGUCGCCUUGCUCGACAGCGGCUGGGUCGUCCACCUCAACGGCGAGGCGUGGGGAGCGGAGCGGAUGACGUGCCUCGUCCUGGUCGAGGCCGGGCGCCUCGAGGCGGCCUCCGGGAAGGGGAUCCUGUGGACGAUCGCCAACGAGUCCGGCGCCGAGGUGCGCGUCACGCCGUGGGGUGGUGAGGGCGGGGCGGCGUACGCGGCGCAGCCGCCCGAGGAGGUCGUCGAGAUAACAGGAGAUGGAACCACUGUAAGGAGAGCUCUUGUUUCUGUGUCUAGCUGUCUUCAAGGUGAUGGGCCACUUGGCAGCUCAACUUCUGCUCAUUCAGUGAACCCAAUUCUCACACAAACAUUUCCAAAAGUGCCUGAGCCUGAAAUGGGAUCUUUGUAUUCAGAUAUGUCAACUGAGCGUGCAAACACCAGCAUUCCUCAUAUUGAUUGUCCACAGGGUGCUACAGGAAUUGAACAAACUGAAUGUGUCAUGCAAUUUUCAUUUAGACUACUCUGCCCUGUAACUCUUGCUGGAGGUUUGAUAGGAAAGAAUGGCAUGGUUAUCAAAGCAAUUGAAGUUAACUCUGGUGCUUCUGUUGAUGUCGGUGGACCUGUUCAUCGGUGCAUGGAACGUGCGAUAACAGUAUCAGCCUUGGAGAAACCAGGACAGAAAUUCUCCAUGGUGGAGAAUGCGGUACUUCGUAUAUUUGACAGAAUGCAGGUGGUGGAAAGCAAUAUGCAUUCGAGACCCAAUAAUCCAUUGCAUUGCUCUGCCAGGGUUCUAAUUCUGAAAGGCCAAUUUGGUUAUUUAGUUGGUCCAGGUGGUUCACUAAUCAAGCAUAUGAAUAACACAACAAGAACAAAAAUGAAAAUUUUAGAAGAGACUGCUGUUCCAGCUUGUGCCUCACAAUACGAACUAGUUCUGCAGGCAAGCACUUUUCUGAUCACUGGAGAGCCAAUGAAUGUUAGAGACGCUUUAUCUCUUGUUUGUGAGAAACUACGUAAUCAUUGCUUCUCUUCUGAGAAAACAACCUACGGCAAUGGUCAUGUUCCCUCAUCGGCUAUUGAUGAAUUAACUACAAGCAGCCAGGUUAAUAUCUCUUCAACUGGUCAAUAUUCAGCUGGCAAUUUGUCAAGGGUUGAUCACAGGCUUUCUCAGAAUGAAAUUGACUCGGUACAAAACUCUAUCAGCGCCUUCGACUUGGGAUGUUUGGGCUCCCCACAAAUUCAGAAACCUACCAUUGGGUGUGGCACUGAGAUCAACAACCCAAUUAAUGAGGUGGAGAAACCAGCUAAUGGAAAUGGCACUGGAAUUAACAAUUUGAAUACUGGGAUGCAGAAUGAAAAUGGAAUUGACGUUUCAAAUCAUGGAGCUACAUCUCUGGAGGAAAAAAAACUUUUGAGAGGAAUCAAGACUGCCACCAUAACUAGGAUCACAUAUGAGGUUGCUGUUUGCGGAGAUAAUGGAAACGACUUCACUAUGAUUAGAGAGAUGUCUGGUGCAGACGUUACUGCCCACUACCCGCUUCCAGAGACGAGUGACGGUAUGAUCGUGAUAUCUGGAACGCCAGAUGAGGCGCAAUCGGCUCUGGCCAUGUUCCUUGACCUUGUCAAAGAGGGGCAGUGAUCAUCAUCAGAUCUUCAUGCAUUAGCCCUGAUUCUGCUAACAUAGAUCACUGUUGGGAUGGAUCUGCUAACAUUUUGCUGACACCACGAGAUGUUCUUGAGGUUAACUGACAACAUUUUAUGUGUAACUAUGUCCAGUAACGACACCACGAGACUAGGGUUCAUCACGGGACACCACGAGGCAGACGCAUUCCUCUGUUUGCUGAAUGUAGCAGCAGAGCAGGCGCGUGAUUUAUUUAUGUUUCUUUUUCUUUUUACUUAAUCCUUUUGUGCUCUUGCUGCUGGGGGAGGCCUUAAUUGAGAUGGAUAUCUGCCUAUUUUUUUGCA